AUGUUUUUCGACGACGAGGCGGAAGUAGACGAGACGGUUGACCGAUUGAUGCCCGCGUCUUCCGAUGAAGAGGCCAGCGAGGACGAAAUCGGUGAAGAUCCCACUCUCGGAGGUUUCAUUUGCGAUGACGACGACGACGGAGAGGACGACGACGGAGAGGACGACGACGGAGAGGACGACGACGGAGAGGACGACGACGGAGAGGACGACGAGGGGGAAGAUGACAGAGAUGGAGACGGUGCCAUAGACAAGGGAGCUUAUGCGAGCUCGGUGAACGACGGCGACGACGAGGACGACGAUGUCGAGGAGUUCAUCAAAGACCGCAAACGCGUCCUGAAACAGACUAAGCGUUUCCUUUCCGACGAAGAUGAUGACAGUCAGCUCUUCGAAGAGGGUGAGGACCUGGACGGAGUCAAUAAAGACGACGGUGACGACUUUAACGAAUCCGAUUUCAUCAUAGACACUGGACCCAGUGGACCAGCAGCUGCUGUGCGAUUGAUACAGUCCGAUUCUUUGGAUCACUCAGCAGGCCAGCGCUCAUCAAGCGGUCACGCUUCUGUGCCUAGUGGUCCGGGCGGUCGGGGUGUUAGCACUGAUGCUGGCCGGGAAUAUAUAAGCCUCGACGAGGACUCCGCAGACCUAACUGGGAAACACCGCCCACCGGAACUAGAAGACGGAGAAGUGGUCGUGGCCGGUCAGGCCGAUGUUGAGGAUGGUUACAACGUGGCGCUGCAGACGGACGCAGGCGGCUUGCUGUCUGCCGGUAGCAGCUCGGACGUUGAGGAAUCCGCCGCAGUCUUGCACCGAAAGCCCUUAAUGAACUUAAAGACCGGUAACCAAGCCGGGAAUGAAACCGGGAAUCAAAGAGGCUGGGUCUGUGACCAGAAGAAGACGGGAGACCAGCAAGUGAUGUACCAGCGAGUGAUGGACCAGACUAGCGGGCGGCGUGGUCCUCCGUCACGACGGUCGGAUAUGCGUCAGACCUCGACGGCUCGCCGUUCCCGUUUCUUCGACAUGGAUCGCGGCAGCACGUGCGCGACGAGCGGUUUGGUCGGAGACGGGUCGCUCGGAACAGGGCUGGGUCGUCGGGACAAUGUUCGGAAUGACAUUCGGAAUGACAUUCGGAAUGAUGAGACGGAAUUGCGGCAUAAGAGAGUGAGGCGGGAGGAGCGUCCGACUGCCGCCUCGUUGGAGAGUGAGUACAUAGUGCACUUGGAUACAGAAGUGUGUGCUGUGCCGCGCACACAGUUUAGCAAGUAUUGUUGCUUUUUGCCGGACGGGCUCGAAAUUGAUGACGAAGGUCGCGAAGUCGUACCACAUUUGCUUUGGGAUACCGAUCUCGAUGACUUCGAUAACGCGCAACUCUGCAAAGCCAAAGCCGGAUGUUUUGUCGUACGCUCAAGAUGCCGUCUGGAAGAACGCAAACGGCAACUCGAACUCCCGAACGGCAAAAUCGUUACGGUCCCAACAAAGACCUUCGUUACGUCCCACGAACUCAUCCCCUUCGACGAAGCUCUCUGGGAGGAUAACGUCACGACCGAAAUUGUAUCCUCGACUCCGCCCACAACCAAGGUUCCAGAUCGCACAAACAUCGAUCGCACAGACGUGGACGAAAAUCCGGACAUGUUCCCUGGAGAGCGGACAGGCGCCGUUGUACACUCCGAGACCGUCAUCGGUCACAUAUUCACCACGCGUCUGCCGCUGACGCGCAGAAGACUCGCUCGCAAACAAAAGUUGAAGAAUCUGCGCCGACUGAAACUCGACCUUCUCGAACAGUAUGGAGAACUACCGCCACACUGGUUUUUGUCUGAAAGACAAACUGCCAGACAAAAACGACUUGAACGGUUGCGAUCUCGAGUCCAUGCACGCACAUUCCAACAAGCGAGACACGAAGGCUACAAUUACCUUAUAGAAGACGACGACCAAACGGCCCUCGGUAACUGUGCCGCCCUCGUCUAG